AUGGGUGACAGAAUUGAAGCUUUGGAAACACAAAUGGAGAGUGUGACAACAACGUUGCAAGGGCUGGCUCUACAAAUGCAACAUCACGCUAAGCAGAUGCAACAACAAAGCUUGAUUUUAACUGAAUUGAGCAAGCAAAUAGAAAACCCGUUUGAAGCAUUGUCCACGCUACGUCAAACCGGAAACGUGGAGGAGUUUGUGGAAGCUUUUGAGCUUCUAUCGUCACAAGUGGGUCAAUUACCAGAGGCUUUGAAUUUGAAUCAGCUUAAGAGUCAUUUGUUGCGUGCUCAACAACAAAUGAAGAACCUUGAGGACAAGGCUGUUGUGAAGGACCGAGGUGUUGUUAGAGACCUAGAUGAAGAAGUUGGGCUUGACUUUGGGCAUAAGCCAAAAGUGUGGAGGGUUUAUACUAGAAUACGUGACAAAGGAAUAAAGGAAUAG